GCUCCCGUGGCGUGUGCACGUUCAGUCAGCGACUGACUCGCUCAAUAGUAUUUCAAUCUGUCAGUGACUCCCUGACAACUGUAGCUAAAAUAUGUCAAAGUUAGAGCAGAUCCUUGUUCUCGAUCCUCCGUCUGACCUCAGAUUUAAAGGUCCUUUUACAGAAGUCAUCACCACCAACCUGAAGCUGAAGAACCCGUCUGAUAGAAGAGUAUGUUUCAAAGUGAAGACCACAGCUCCUAGGAGAUACUGUGUACGGCCCAACAGUGGCAUCAUAGAUGCAGGCGCCACCGUCACCAUCUCUGUAAUGCUCCAGCCCUUCGACUACGACCCCAACGAGAAGAGUAAACACAAAUUCAUGGUCCAGAGUAUCUUUGCUCCUCCUAAUGAGUCUGAACUCGAUGCUAUGUGGAAAGAUGCGAAACCCGACGACCUCAUGGAUUCCAAGCUGAGAUGUGUAUUCGACCUGCCUCCUGAAAACGGUAGAGUGAAUGACGCGGAAGGGAGCACCGACGUUGCGGCGCCCGUGCAGAACUCGUCCAAGGCAGCGCCCGUGCAGAACUCUUCCAAGGACGUUCCCGUGGCGAAGACGGCGGCGAAGACGGUCAGCGCCUCGAUGGACGACUCAGAGAUGAAGAAACUAUCAGAGGAGUGCAGGAGACUGCAGGCUGACAUGGGCAAACUGACCGAGGAGAACAGACAACUCAAGGACGACGGUGUUAGAAUGAGAAGGGCUGCCCAGCAUUCCGAUCACAUGACAUCAAAUCAGACAGGCUCCUCCUCCUCCAUGAUGCAACACACCACCGCAGCGUCCCUGCCCUCCCUCCUCGUCGUCAUAGCAGCCAUCUUCAUCGGCUUCUUCAUGGGGAAGUUUAUCUUGUAGACUGGGGUUGGCUCUGAAAUGGCACCCCAUUCCCUUGACCAGGGCCCUCAUGCGGAUGAGUCCCAUAGGGCUCUGGUCAAACGGUAGUGCACUACACGGGGAAUAGGGUGCCAUUUGGGAUGUUACGUUCUGAGAGACGCACAACGCCUGCCGUAUCCCACGACAAUCCCACUGCUCCGGAAUCAAAAGGCCUGGAUGGAACUGACUAACGAAGAUGUAUUUCUGUUGACUUAAACAUAUCAGAAGUAGUGCUGCGAGCCUCCAUUUGUCUGCAGUGACCACGUCUGUCUCUCUGGUCUCUCUGUCUCUCUGGUCUCUCUGGUCUGUCUGGUCUCUCUGGUCUGUCUGGUCUCUCUGGUCUGUCUGUACAGCAUCAGUACCAGGGCCCCGCUGCCUUUUUACAAAGGCUCACACAUGGCUAGUACACUCACACACACACACACACCACACACCACACACCACACACACACACACACACACACACACACACACAGAGGGAAGGGAGAAAGAUUGCUCCUUGUUUUUGUUCUUUGAUGGCUGGACAGACAGGAUUGUGGAGGGGUAUGAUGGUUAUAUCCUAAAUUACACCCUAUUCCCUAUAUAGUGCACUACUUUAGACCAGAGCCCUAUGGAACCCUAUUCCCUAUAUAGUGCACUACUUUAGACCAGAGCCCUAUGGAACCCUAUUCCCUAUAUAGUGCACUACUUUAGACCAAUGCCCUAGGUACCCUGGUAAAAAGUUAGCGCACUAAAAAUGGAAUAGGCUGCUAUUUAGGACAUACAGGAAGAAGUACACUACCAAUCAACAUGGAGGACAGUUUACUGUGCAUCCCAAACGGCACACUAUCCCCUAUGUAGUGCACUACUUUUGAUAAGAGACGAUACUAAUUGAGCCCAGGUCUACAGUAGUCAGGUCCUAACCUCCAGUCCUCAGUCCCAGGACAUAGUAGCCUGGUUCUAACCUCCAGUCCUCAGUCCCAGGACAUAGUAGCCUGGUUCUAACCUCCAGUCCUCAGCCCCAGGAUAUAGUAGCCUGGUCCUAACCUCCAGUCCUCAGCCCCAGUCCAGGAUAUAGUAGCCUGGUCCUAACCUCCAGUCCUCAGCCCCAGGCCAGGAUAUAGUAGCCUGGUCCUAACCUCCAGUCCUCAGUCCCGGAUAUAGUAGCCUGGUCCUAACCUCCAGUCCUCAGUCCCAGGCCAGGACAUAGUAGCCUGGUCCUAACCUUCAGUCCUCAGUCCCAGAUAUAGUAGCCUGGUCCUAACCUCCAGUCCUCAGUCCCAGGAUAUAGUAGCCUGGUCCUAACCUCCAGUCCUCAGCCCCAGUCCAGGAUAUAGUAGCCUGGUCCUAACCUCCAGUCCUCAGCCCCAGGCCAGGAUAUAGUAGCCUGGUCCUAACCUCCAGUCCUCAGUCCCGGAUAUAGUAGCCUGGUCCUAACCUCCAGUCCUCAGUCCCAGGCCAGGAUAUAGUAGCCUGGUCCUAACCUUCAGUCCUCAGUCCCAGAUAUAGUAGCCUGGUCCUAACCUCCAGUCCUCAGUCCCAGGAUAUAGUAGCCUGGUCCUAACCUCCAGUCCUCAAUCCCAGGCCAGGAUAUAGUAGCCUGGUCCUAACCUCCAGACCUCAGUCCCAGGCCAGGACAUAGUAGCCUGGUUCUAACCUCCAGUCCCAGGAUAUAGUAGCCUGGUCCUAACCUCCAGUCCUCAAUCACAGGCCAGGAUAUAGUAGCCUGGUCCUAACCUCCAGUCCUCAGCCCCAGGCCAGGAUAUAGUAGCCUGGUCCUAACCUCCAGUCCUCAGCCCCAGGCCAGGAUAUAGUAGCCUGGUCCUAACCUCCAGUCCUCAGUCCCGGAUAUAGUAGCCUGGUCCUAACCUCCAGUCCUCAGUCCCAGGCCAGGACAUAGUAGCCUGGUCCUAACCUUCAGUCCUCAGUCCCAGAUAUAGUAGCCUGGUCCUAACCUCCAGUCCUCAGUCCCAGGAUAUAGUAGCCUGGUCCUAACCUCCAGUCCUCAGCCCCAGGCCAGGAUAUAGUAGCCUGGUCCUAACCUCCAGUCCUCAGUCCCGGAUAUAGUAGCCUGGUCCUAACCUCCAGUCCUCAGUCCCAGGCCAGGAUAUAGUAGCCUGGUCCUAACCUUCAGUCCUCAGUCCCAGAUAUAGUAGCCUGGUCCUAACCUCCAGUCCUCAGUCCCAGGAUAUAGUAGCCUGGUCCUAACCUCCAGUCCUCAAUCCCAGGCCAGGAUAUAGUAGCCUGGUCCUAACCUCCAGACCUCAGUCCCAGGCCAGGACAUAGUAGCCUGGUUCUAACCUCCAGUCCCAGGAUAUAGUAGCCUGGUCCUAACCUCCAGUCCUCAAUCACAGGCCAGGAUAUAGUAGCCUGGUCCUAACCUCCAGUCCUCAGCCCCAGGCCAGGAUAUAGUAGCCUGGUCCUAACCUCCAGUCCUCAGCCCCAGGCCAGGAUAUAGUAGCCUGGUCCUAACCUCCAGUCCUCAGUCCCAGGCCAGGACAUAGUAGCCUGGUCCUAACCUCCAGUCCUCAGUCCCAGAUAUAGUAGCCUGGUCCUAACCUCCAGUCCUCAGCCCCAGGCCAGGAUAUAGUAGCCUGAUCCUAACCUCCAGUCCUCAGCCCCAGGCCAGGAUAUAGUAGCCUGGUCCUAACCUCCAGUCCUCAGCCCCAGGCCAGGAUAUAGUAGCCUGGUCCUAACCUCCAGUCCUCAGCCCCAGGCCAGGAUAUAGUAGCCUGGUCCUAACCUCCAGUCCUCAGCCCCAGGCCAGGAUAUAGUAGCCUGGUCCUAACCUCCAGUCCUCAGCCCCAGGCCAGGAUAUAGUAGCCUGGUCCUAACCUCCAGUCCUCAGCCCCAGGCCAGGAUAUAGUAGCCUGGUCCCAGAUCUGUUUGCGCUGUCUGGUUCUGAUCAAACGUAGUGCCCUAGGGAGUAGGGUAUAAUUUGACUCCUAGAGUCGCCGUGGGCCUAAAGCAGUGGAAUAAACCAAGUGUUCUCUGUCUGUGUUUAAUAGUAGUUAAAUGGAACGUUAAGUGUCUUUUGUAAAUGUUAUUUUAAUCAUUUUUAAGAUGAAAAGGGGAGCACUACUUCUUCAAUCGUCAAAUACCAACCACCUUUACUACCUGUUGCAUGGCAUCCCGUUUCGUUUUAUAGUGUGCUACUCGUGACCAGAGCACUAUGGACCCUAGUCAAAAGUAGUGCACUACACAGGGACGCAGCCAUAGACCAUAGACUACUGCAUUUGUUCUGUUUGUAAUUUCUCUACUUUCUAUUCCAUCUGGGAAAUAAUAGGUGCCUCCUUCCUUCCUGUCCUACCUGUCCUUUCAUACCUGUCCUUUCCUUCCUCCCUUUUCUACCUGUCCUUUCAUACCUGUCCUUUCAUUCCUCCCUUUCCUACCUGUCCUUUCCUUUCUCCCUUUCCUACCUGUCCUUUCCUUCCUCCCUUUCCUACCUGUCCUUUCAUACCUGUCCUUUCCUUCCUCCCUUUUCUACCUGUCCUUUCAUACCUGUCCUUUCAUUCCUCCCUUUCCUACCUGUCCUUUCCUUUCACCCUUUCCUACCUGUCCUUUCUACCUGUCCUUUCAUACCUGUCCUUUCAUUCCUCCCUUUCCUACCUGUCCUUUCAUUCCUCCCUUUCCUACCUGUCCUUUCAUACCUGUCCUUUCAUUCCUCCCUUUCCUACCUGUCCUUUCCUUCCUCCCUUUCCUACCUGUCCUUUCAUACCUGUCCUUUAAUUCCUCCCUUUCCUACCUGUCCUUUCCUUCCUCCCUUUCCUACCUGUCCUUUUCUACCUGUCCUUUCCUACCUGUCCUUUCCUACCUGUCCUUUCCUACCUGUCCUUUCCUACCUGUCCUUUCUACCUGUCCUUUCCUACUCCUGACAAUACCAAUGUAGACUUUAUAUUAUUAUUAUAUUCUUUUUCUCAAAUCAUUAUAAUCCUUUUUUUUUGAGUCGAAUGACUUUUGAGUCGACCCUCCCAUGGUUUUAAACCGAAGAAAUACAACUGAAAACAAUGUGGGUUUUGAUAGUGUUUCGUCUUCUGUCGUAGUCUCUUAGAAUAUACUGUACACUCCUCAUACAACACAUCACCAUGUAGCCAACAUGUUUGUUUUGUAACGUGGAAUUAACAUUGUAGCGACCUUAACCCCAACACCUAGCGACUUUUAUCAAGAGGUUCGGACCUCUUGACGUAACGGUUAAGGUCUUUGCUUGAUAGUCGCUGGACCAGGGUUCAAGUCCCGGUCGAGGCUAUGCCCUGAAUUCGCUACGUUGGUGUCAGUAGUGGGACGGUGCCCGUGAGGCCACAUCGGGAGAGGAGUGUACACAUGAGGGACACACUCAGAUAUAAUGUCGAGAUGCGUAUGUCUCCGCCCCUAACAAUGGGAAUAGUUGUCUGCGGAACGGCACCCUGUCAAGCUCGGGUCUAUUCCUCUCUUUGGAUUGGUGGAUAUAUCUCGUUAUUUGAUGAGGGGUGUUGACGUCAUCACUCUCUCAAUGGAGAGUUAGAUGCUAUGCUAGCCACGUGAACAUGCAUAGACGCUAUGCUAGCCGCAUGAAUAUGCAUAGGCACUAUGCUGGCCUCGUGAACAUGCAUAGGCGCUAUGCUGGCCUCGUGAACAUGCAUAGACGCUAUGCUGGCCUCGUGAACAUGCAUAGACGCUAUGCUGGCCUCGUGAACAUGCAUAGACGCUAUGCUGGCCUCGUGAACAUGCAUAGACGCUAUGCUGGCCUCGUGAGCAUGCAUAGACGCUAUGCUGGCCUCGUGAGCAUGCAUAGACGCUAUGCUGGCCUCGUGAACAUGCAUAGACGCUAUGCUGGCCUCGUGAACAUGCAUAGAAAGUGUCGAAUUUCAAUAAAAUAAAAUUCUACUCAAAGUUG